AUGAGUUCACCUUGGCCAUUUGUAGCUUGGGGUAUGGAUGUCAUCGAUACGAUAGAUCCAGCCGCUUCUAAUGGACAAAGAUUUAUUUUGGUUGCCAUUGAUUAUUUCACCAAGUGGGUGGAAGCAGUUUCUUACAAGUCGAUGACCAAGAAAGUUGUAGCUGAUUUUGUUUGCAACAAUCUGAUCUGCAGAGCUGUAGAGGAUGCCAAUAAGAAUAUCAAGAAGAUUUUGAGGAAGAUGAUUGACAAUCACCGAGUCAGAACGUUGAUUGGAGCAACUCCAUACUUGCUGGUAUAUGGAAUAGAAGUAGUCAUACCUGCUGAAGUUGAAAUACCGUCUUUGAGAAUCAUCCAAGAAGCUAGGUUGAGUAACGCUGAAUUGGUUAGAAAGAGAAUCGAUCAGUUAAUUUUUAUUGACGAGAAGAGAAUGGUUGCCGAUGAGUACAAAGAAAAAUUCUCUACAAAUUGGAAAGGAACCUACAUGGUUCGCAAAGUAUUAUCUGGAGGUGCUUUGAUCCUGUUGGAGAUGGAUGGUAUCGCAUGGCCGAAACCGAUAAACUCAGAUGUUGACAAGAUAUACUAUGUGUGA